AGAUCAUGCAUGAUGUGAUAAAGAAGGUCAAGAAGAAGGGGGAGUGGAAGGUGCUGGUGGUCGAUCAGCUGAGCAUGAGGAUGCUCUCCUCCUGCUGUAAGAUGACGGACAUCAUGACCGAGGGGAUAACAAUUGUGGAAGACAUCAACAAGUGCAGGGAGCCACUGCCCAGCCUGGAGGCUGUGUACCUCAUCACUCCGUCAGAGAAGUCUAUCCGCUCCCUCAUGAAUGACUUUAAGGACCCACCGACUGCUAAGUACCGGGCUGCCCAUGUCUUCUUCACUGACUCUUGUCCAGAUGCCUUGUUUAAUGAGCUGGUAAAAUCUCGAGCAGCCAAAGUCAUCAAGACUCUGACAGAAAUCAACAUUGCGUUUCUCCCCUAUGAGUCCCAGGUGUAUUCUCUGGACUCGGCUGACUCUUUCCAGAGCUUCUACAGUCCCCACAAGGCUCAGAUGAAGAAUCCUAUACUAGAGCGCCUGGCAGAGCAGAUUGCCACUCUGUGUGCCACGCUGAAGGAGUACCCAGCCGUGCGGUAUCGUGGGGAGUACAAGGACAACGCUCUGCUGGCCCAGCUAAUCCAGGACAAGCUCGACGCCUACAAAGCCGAUGACCCCACCAUGGGCGAGGGCCCAGACAAGGCUCGCUCCCAGCUCCUGAUCCUGGACCGCGGUUUCGACCCCAGUUCCCCUGUUCUUCAUGAGCUGACCUUUCAGGCUAUGAGUUAUGAUCUGCUGCCUAUCGAGAAUGAUGUGUACAAGUAUGAGACGAGCGGCAUCGGAGAGGCACGGGUGAAGGAAGUGCUUCUGGACGAGGACGACGACCUCUGGAUAACGCUGCGCCACAAGCACAUCGCAGAGGUGUCCCAGGAAGUCACCCGUUCUCUGAAAGAUUUUUCUUCCAGCAAGAGAAUGAACACGGGGGAGAAGACCACCAUGCGUGACCUGUCCCAGAUGCUGAAGAAAAUGCCCCAGUACCAGAAAGAGCUCAGCAAGUAUUCCACCCACCUGCAUCUUGCCGAGGACUGCAUGAAGCACUAUCAAGGCACCGUGGACAAGCUCUGCCGGGUGGAGCAGGACCUGGCCAUGGGCACGGAUGCUGAAGGCGAGAAGAUCAAGGACCCCAUGAGAGCCAUCGUCCCCAUUCUGCUGGACGCAAAUGUCAGCACUUAUGACAAAAUCCGCAUCAUCCUCCUCUACAUCUUUCUCAAGAAUGGCAUCACUGAGGAAAACCUGAACAAACUGAUCCAGCACGCCCAGAUCCCCCCGGAGGACAGCGAGNAUGUGGCCUGACAGUCUAAUCUUUAUGUUUGCAUUCAGUCUACAUUGCGUCGCAGGAGCAAGCCAGAGCGGAAGGAGCGCAUCAGCGAGCAGACCUACCAGCUGUCACGAUGGACCCCGAUUAUUAAAGACAUCAUGGAGGACACCAUUGAGGACAAGCUCGAUACCAAGCACUACCCUUACAUCUCUACCCGCUCCUCUGCCUCCUUCAGCACCACCGCCGUCAGCGCCCGCUAUGGGCACUGGCAUAAGAACAAGGCCCCGGGCGAGUACCGCAGUGGUCCCCGCCUCAUCAUCUUCAUCCUGGGAGGCGUGAGCCUGAGCGAGAUGCGCUGCGCCUACGAGGUGACCCAGGCCAAUGGCAAGUGGGAAGUGCUGAUAGGUUCUACUCAUAUUCUUACUCCCACCAAAUUUCUCAUGGACCUGAGACACCCCGACUUCAGGGAGUCCUCUAGGGUAUCUUUUGAGGAUCAGGCUCCAACAAUGGAGUGAGAGCCAAAGAAACAAAGAUCCACGCAGAUUCUCACCCCACAAAAACUGCUGGACACGCUGAAGAAACUGAAUAAAACA